AUGGCUGUCGAUGCUCAUUUUCAUCUCGACCAACUCAUGGUAAAAACCGGAUUAACUGGUAUCCAUGAGUUGGAUGAUAUGGGUACAGCUGAUCUCUACAAGACCAAGUUGUCGUUCUUGGUUGCGAAUUACUGUAAUCCUGCCAAAUCAACCGAAAGGUCAGAAACUAGAAAAGACCACAGAAUUCAACUAUCUUUCGGAAUACACCCUAGAAUUGUAAACUCAAAUUCAACAUCAACUUUAGACCGGUUUUUCAAAAAUUUAAUUUCAAUUUUGGACUCUUCAAAAACAGUUUCAGUAGGGGAAUGUGGAUUGGACACUACAGACAGACCAAAUUAUCAAAAUUUCCAAAAACAAGUAACAUACUUUGAGAGGCAACUUAAUUUGGCCGUACAGAAAAAUCUGCCAGUCGUCAUCCACAGCAGAGGAGACAGAAACCUCAAUCUUGCAACUCUAACCUCCAUGGUUAAUACUUUACCCCAGAAUCACAAAAUUCACUGGCAUUGCUUCACAGGGACAGAAGAAAUUUUUGAAUCUGCUUCAUCACAUUUUUCGGACAUUGUAUUUGGCGUUACACCUUUCAUCUUUAGCAACAAAUAUCCAACCAUCAAACAAUUCAUUUGCAAUAAAGGAAUCGACAGAAUAGUUUUGGAAUCUGAUGCACCAUAUAUCCGCUACAACGAAGAAAUUGCUAAUCCAUAUACAGUCAUCUUUGUAGCCCAUGAAAUUGCAAAAUUACUACUAAUACCUGUUGAAGAAGUUUUGGCCACCACUACAAAAAAUUUUCAAAUGAUUAAUGUUUGA